GAAAAUACUUUCUCCUAAAAUAAAUCUUUCUCGGAAUAUGUCAUGCUUGUGGUAAAACCCUGGAAUUGUAUCGAAUAGAAUUGAAGGGAAGGGGAGGGGGGAAGGGGGAAGGGGGGAGAGAAGAAGCCAACAUAGGGGAGCGAGAGGAUCUCUCGUCUCUCCUCCACUUUUCGCCAAUUCUUGUCUCCUUCUUGCUAUUUGAGGGCGGAGGAGGCGAUGCACAGAUCGGGCCCGGUGGUCAUGGCGUGGAACGUGUUCAAGUUCUGCACGGCGCUUCGGGCUUUCGGCUCCCUCAUGAUCCUGCUCGUCCUUGGCAUCGUCGGGGUCAGCUACUACGCCGUGGUCGUCGCUAAUUACGGCCCUGCCCUCGGCGCCGGCGGGAUCGAUUCCCUCCUGGCCCUUGCUGUCUUGAUCCUCUUCCAUGUCCUGUUGGGUCUGCUUCUAUGGAGCUAUUCCUCCGUUGUCUUCACAGACCCUGGCAGUGUCCCACCAAAUUGGAAGCCUACUAUAGAUGAGGAGAUAGGAGAAAAUGCUCCGUUAACCAACUUGGAUUUCAGUAAUCAUAUUCUAAAUUUGCAACAAGGACAUCUUGCAGAAACAGGAAAUCCAACGAUAAGAUACUGCAGGAAGUGCAACCAGUUGAAGCCACCACGCUGUCAUCAUUGUUCAGUUUGUGGGAGAUGUGUACUUAAGAUGGAUCAUCAUUGCGUGUGGGUAGUAAAUUGUGUGGGGGCUCUAAAUUAUAAGUUCUUUCUUCUUUUUCUGUUUUACACAUUUCUUGAGACAACUCUUGUCACUCUUUCUCUCUUUCCCCAUUUUAUUGCCUUCUUUAAAGACGUGGAGAUUCCUGGAACACCUGGCACACUUGCAACUACUUUUCUCACAUUCGUGUUGAAUUUGGCUUUCGCAUUAAGUGUGCUUGGAUUUCUGAUCAUGCACGUAUCUCUGGUGGCAAAGAAUACCACAACUAUUGAGGCAUAUGAGAAGAAAACAACUCCAAGAUGGAAGUAUGAUCUCGGCCGAAAGAAGAACUUUGAGCAGGUGUUUGGAGCAGACAAGAGGUAUUGGUUCAUCCCUCUAUAUUCUGAAGAGGAUCUGAGAAGAAUGCCGGCUCUGCAAGGACUAGAAUAUCCCACAAAGCCAGAUCUGGAUGCACAGUAACUUUAUAAUGCCGUGACAGGAAGAGUUGGUGGGUUCCUGAGUAUUCCAACGAGGAUUCAGAAAGAAUGCCAGCUCGCAAGGAUUUGAAAUGAAUUCGCCAUGCCAGAUCUGGAUGUACAGUAACAAUAGAAUGUCAAUGUUUACGAUGGACUUUUAAGCCUGAGGUUGUAGAUCUGUAAAUGUCGACCAUUGGCAUUGUGCUGUUGAGCAAGCAUGUCUCUCGUAACAAUCGUUUCUCA